AUGUCCCAGCAAGAACAAGACCUCAGACCGCUGGACGCGGCGUUCAUCCAGCAUCUGAGAGAAUCCUACCCGCGGGCCUCGAACCGCGCCAGGAUCUACUGGGAAGAUUUCUUCGCAGCUACUCCAGGCCUCACCCCGGAAGAACGAGCCGCAGCGCUCGCGAACAGGUUUUUGAAGGGUAUGAUCGGACGAGGAGUGUGGACGUGCCUCCGCGCACACCUCGGAUUAGAUCUUCUCGUCGUGGUGAUGAUGAAGAAGAAGAAGAAGAAGAAGAAGAAGAAGAAGAAGAAGAGGAGGAGAUCCUUGGUGAGGCUGGGCCUUCAACAGCUGCACAGGGUCGACAAGAAUCAGAAGAUGAGGACCAAGAGGAGGGGGACACUGGUCUUCCUACUCCUGAGACUCUUCGUCGACGUGGCCGGUCACCUCCUAUUACACGUGGAAAGCACCAGCCCUCCCGAUCUUCCCACGCCCGGAACCACCCCAGGAACAACCCGCUACGACGAAAGACCAGACACGGACGAGGACCUAAGCGACACCCAGGUGGAAUCUGCCCUCCCACCAUUUCCACCCUCCUCACAAGGCUCUACCCGCCCUCCUCCCGGCCCAGACACACAAGACAUGCGAAAUUCUCACAGCUUCCGGACCCAGCGCCAACCUCCCAUCGCCACGCGUGCCCUGCAGCUCCUCAACUGGGCGCGCGACGAGGACAUCGACCGCCGUCGUGAUUUCCAGCGCGAGCUGGACGAGGGCGAGGCGUGGGUGGACGAGCAGCUGCGGAGGAGAGGGGAGCGGAAUCUGGGCGCGAACACGGUUGCUUUGUUGAGGAGGGCCAAGGAGGCGAUCUUGGUCCAUAGACUCUUCCAGCGGUUUCAUGAGGGAAGUUUUUUCUUUCGACGUGGUUUGGACGUGGGGAGUUUGCCCAAGUAUAAGGAGAGGCUUCGGUACUCGUAUGAUCAUCCUCUGCAGCUGGGCUACUCGACGCCUGCGACUAGAGCCUCGAGGUUGCUUCCUCGCGUCGUUGUCACCGAUAGAGAAUUUCCAGCCAGACCGGUCAACGAGAUGUGGCGGACGGACCGCGAGGCUGCGCUGCCCUUUGAUCCGGCCCUGCCUGAUGCGCGCCACGAUGCCAUCAGAUCCCUCGCAGCCGCCGAGGACGCCUGGUGGGAUGCUGCGUUGACGUCGUCAGGAGAAGAGCAGCAGACCAGGCUCAACAACGCCUCCAUGAUGGAGAAUUGGUACUACGAACAAUGCAUCGCGCAGGAUGGUGUCGGGUUUCAGGGUUGGGUGCACUGGAAGAAUAAUGAUGAUGACCAGAAUGGCGAAGACGACGAGGAGCGCAGGGUUCUCUGGAAUGGGGACAUACCUCUGGACGACCCGGCUCGGUUUGCUGCGGAGAGAGGAUCUCGUCGUGCUGGCCUCCAGGCUGCGUUGAGACAAUUUUCUAGUGAUGAGAACCAGCGAGUUGCCGAGCAAGACGAGGACAGGAUGGUCACGCUGCCACCUGAGCCUCUGGACCUGGAAGAGGUUAGGAAAAAGGCGGGCAUCGGCAGAGGACGUCCUCUGAAACUGGCCCAGUUGCAGGCUGGACAGAUGGGAAGGACGGAUGGCAAGGCGGAUCCGCAGGGGUUUAUUGCCAACAUGAACCAGUUCUGGGCGUGGUAUCGAGGCCACAUGGAGUCGGCACGUGCUGCUGUCAUCGCCAGACACAUGAGAAGAGGGUCUUUUGCUGAUACUGGGGGGAUUCAACAACAGCAACAGACAAGAAGAAGACGACAGCCAGGGACGACACCAUUCGUGCUGCCUCCUCAUUCUCUCUGGGGUCCAUAUGUCUGGAGAGGGGUCGAGGCCAACAAACAGAUCCAGCAGGACACAUUGAGGCAGAUGAAGGGAUUGAAGGCACUCUUUGACCGCGAGCAGCACAUUGCGCCUCGAAGGUUGCUUGCAGAGAUGGAGAAUUGGUACCAGCAGGGUCUUCGAGACACCCAGAACCGUCCUCGUCUGCACCGGCACAGAGACCUGGAAAGAAACAGCGCUGUGGUUUCUACUGGUCAAAAUUUGGAGGAGCGGACAGAGCGCUGUCUGGAUCAGGUCGAGAUGGAAUGGAUCCGUUUCCUCCUCAACCAGUCCAUGAAUGCUGAGAUGCUGCACGACCUGCAGCCUCGCACGGCUCUGUUUGUUGUCUUUGCCGAGAGGCUGAACCGGAUCUUCGAGGACCCGGCUGACCCUCUGUUUCCAGACAGGGCAACAUCUGUCAGCAUUGAGGCGCUCAUCGACCACAUGGCUAAGAUGGACGGGCCCGUGAACAAGACCAAGUUCUAUCCAUACGACGUCAAGAUGUGGCUGGAACGGCUCGCUGCGCAGGGCCGGUGCACCUAUAUCGAGGACUGGCGCACGUAUGGGAGAGUCUCUCGACCGAGACUGGAGUAUUUUCCAGAGCAGCUCAUCAUCUGGAGGCAGCGGAGCGAAGACGAGCUGGACUUUGAGCAGUUUCCCGAGGACGUGGCGUUGGCACCUCGCUUCACGGACCGUCGCACAUGGCAAGAUCUCAUCCGGCAACAACAAGAGGACGACGCCGGUAUGCUGCUCGAUCGCAACGUCGCCAACUACUUCCACUGCCUCGCCUACAGAUGGGGCUGUGCCGUCCGCACCCUACAGGCAGAAGAGGACAACGGCUGGCCCUCCAACAACAACAACAGCAACCAAGCGGAGCCCACCAUGGCCGACAUGCAGCUCACCCUGACCGAGUUUGGCGAGGAAUUCCGCAGCCAGACAGGGGACGACUUUGUCGAGAGCGACAGCCCCCUCAACGACCUCUGGCGAAGCACCCUGAACAAGGGCGACGAGGUAGCCAUCACCCAGACCGCCGCCCUCGAUGCCAUCCGCAGGGGCAUCAUCGACGAGUGCGUCCAGAACAACAGCAUGCUGUACCCAGGCCGCACGACAGACUACACCAACCCCCGAGCCCCCAGGACGCGCGAGCCGCUCUGGGACUGGGCCAGGCCUGCGGUGCGCGGCAAGGUCAAGAGGUUCUUUGGUCUGGACCGCUGGCCUGUGCAGCUGCAGAGCGCAGAGAGGCAGGCCCGGAUCCGGCGUGAUGUGGAUGUCGACCCGCAGCAGAUCUGGGAUCCGAUAUUGGAGGAUCCUACGCCCUGGACGUAUUAUCGGCCCAAGGCGAGGCCGUUUGGGGAGGAGAGGGUCAAGGUGAGGUCGGGCCAUAGGAUCUUUCCUAUUGGUGAUACGGCUAGGCAGAGGGAGGUGGUGAAGAAUCAUAUUAUGGGCGUGAUGGCGCAAGCCAUGGGCAUGCAGCCUGACGGUACUAUACCUGGUGAAGAUGGCGAGGAUGGUGGAGACAAUGAUGAUCAAGAUGACGAUGAUGCACGCCCUCCUCGGCCGAGUCUGUUCUCCAGGCUCACCAGCUUCCUCGGCCUCAAGCGACGAAGGUCUGACGAGGAUGAGGAAGAGGACAUUGCCCCCGUGCCCAAGCUGCCGCGCGUGGACCGGGCUUUGGUCCCCAAGAGUUAUGGUGAUCCGGUUGGUCAAGAUGAGGCAGUCUCGCCCGACGCAAACAUGGUCUGCGCUAAUGGUCAAUGA